AUGACAUUCUUAAAGCUGUUAUUAAAUAUCAAUUUAAUAUUCUUUGUUACAAUAACUAUUGUUGCCGGAAAAAAUUCAGAAAAUAAUCUGAUUUUUUUACAUCCAUCAUAUAUAAUAGCAUUGCAUUAUGAUAUCAAAAUAUCACUUCCUCACUCUGUUACAAAUUAUACUUUCUAUGGCGAAUCCAACGUUAACAUUAUCGUACGUCACCCUACGCAACGAAUAAAUUUGCAUUCAGUGUUUGUAGACAUGGAUAAAUCGGCUUCAUUAUUUCAUGAAAUAUCGAGGAGGGUCUAUAAAGCAUCGAAUUAUACUUGUCAAUAUAAAUUGUUUGUUUGUACCUUUCAUUUUCAUGAUUUGAUAACGAUUGGGUCCUACAUUUUCAAAAUGAAAUACCAUGGUACUAUAACUGAUCGCGAAAAUGCGGAUGGCUUUGUCAUAACUUCAUAUUUAGAUGAUGAAAGGAAACUUAAGUGGAUCUACUCAGCAGGUGGCUUUCAGAAUACUAUCGGAGGGCAAUAUGUAUUUCCGUCUCUAAAUGAAUUAAUGUUUAAGGCCACAUUUAAUAUCACCGUUUUUCAUCCUAAACAUUUCGUUGCUAUAUCAAAUAUGCCAGCAGCAACAAGAAAGAAUAUUAAUAUGAAUACGGUGAGAGUAAAUUUUCAAACUACUCCUGCAAUGCAUCCUCAUCUUGUCGCAAUUGCAGUAAGCGAAUUGGACGCGCUUUAUUCUGAUAAUGGAAACAUUGCACUAUGGGUCAGAGACAUAUCAGUAGUAGAACUGAUGCAUUUUACUUUACAAGUUAUUGUAGCUUCUACGACAUACUUGAGAGACAAAUAUUUCCAGGAUGAUAAGUUGAAUGAUAUAUCAACAACGAAUCAUGUCGUAAUUCCAUAUCAUCGAGAUGAUGGCUUGCCAAACUGGGGAAUCAUAUUUUAUAGUGAAAAAGAUGUUGUCUAUAAUGAAGAAUGGAAUUCUAUUGAGCGCAAGACAGAAAUUGCAUCUUUAGUAGCACGUAAAGUGACGCAUCAAUUUUUAAAUAAAAUCACUUUAUCUAGUUGGACUGACAUAUGGUUAAAUGAGGGUAUUGCUAUGUUUUUGGGAAUGCAUGUUCUAGACAAGAAUUUCACAGAUCUUCAAAUGAUGAAUUUAAUUAUAGUUCGAAAUCGAUUUGAAACUCUUCAUUUGGAAUCUAUCAUUAAUACGCCACCUAUUGUAUUACAAAUUGAGGAACCCUAUGGGAUCAAAUCAUAUUCUUCUUUCCGUUAUAAUAAAGAACAUUUAAAUAAUUUAUUAUAUAUUUUAAUCAUUGUAGCGUUUCUUAUCAUACGCAUGUUAUAUCAUCUACUUUCCGAUAAGGUAUUUAAAAAGGGUAUCUACAAUUAUUUAAAAAAUCAGACAGAUCAUGUUGAUACUUUCGACGAACCGCAACAUUCCAACAAUAUUGAGGUAACAUUGGAAACAUUACAUCAAUGUUGCUGCAACUUACUAUGCUGUAUGGGUAAUAAGCCUGUUAAAAUAGCAUCCGUCAACAAUUUGUGGGACGUUAUGCAAACUGCUUUAGAUAAAUCUGAUCACGAAAACAUGUUUGAUAUAAAGGAAGUAAUGAACUUUUGGAUCACGAAAAAUCAAUAUCCUGUAUUAAAAGUGAUACGAAAUUAUAAUAAUGGUCGCACAAUAAUAUGGUCAGAAAUGCGUAAUACGUCUGAACAACACGAAUGGUGGAUACCUGUAACUUACACUACACAAACGAAUCUUAAUUUUAGCAUUACUUGGCCUUUCUUUCAAGAAUGGAUAACCUCUGAAAAGUUUUUUAUAAAUUUAUCACUUAAUAUGAAUGAUUGGAUAAUAGUCAAUUUACAACAACUUGGAUAUUAUCGUGUCAUGUAUGAUAAGGAAAAUUGGCUAAGACUUGCAAAACAUCUAAACUCGUAUAGAUAUUACAAGAUACAUGUUUUAAAUCGUGCGCAAAUCAUUGAUGAUGCAUAUCACUUUUUUAUGAUGAAACAACUUGAUUUUGAGAUGUUUAAAAAUCUUACAUCAUACCUAUGGCGAGAAAAAAAUUAUGUAGCAUGGUAUCCUAUGUUUAAAAUUCUUAGACACAUGUUUAUUCAUUCAAAUAUAUUCUCUCAUCCAGAAGCUGAACCUAUGAAGGCACAUAUGCUAAGUAUUGUACACAAUCUUUUUGAAGAGAUUGGAUACUACAAUCAAGUUUACGAUCAUAUUCAUGCUAUAUCUAUAAGGGAAGAAGCUGCGGAAUGGGCAUGUUUCUUUGGUGAUAAAAUUUGUAGAGAAACGGCUUACAAAGAAUUACAAACCUACAUGAAGCUUGCUGUUAUGCACAAGUGGUUAUUUGCAGCUGACUUGCAAGGAGCUGGGGCUCGACAACUAUUUCCGUGCUGGGAUGAGCCGAAUAUUAGAACCAAUUUUACUAUUUCCGUAAAGCAUGAUCAAUAUUACAGUGUUUUAUCGAAUACAGAAGCUAUUGACAAUUUUAAAGUUAGGUUGGGAAAAAAUUGGUCACGUUUCGAAACAACCGUUAAAAUAUCUCCUUACCAUAUAAUGAUUAUAUUACACAAAUUUAAACGCCUUAAUGAUUCAAACGUGUGGUGUAGAAAAAACGUAGAACAACAAGUAAAAUGGAUACACACAAUCGCUAAAAUUGCCACACUUCAUUUAAAACUCAAAUAUGACGACAUAAUAUAUCCAUUAACAGUGACUCAUGUUAUAAUUCCUGGUUUCCAAGACACUGGCAUGUCAAGUUGGGGAAUUGUCCUUCAUAGAGAGACAGAUGUUCUCUACGACAAAAAAUUAGAUUUUAUUGCCAAGAAAUUUGAAAUGGCAUUCAUGAUAGCACGUAAAAUGGCACAUCAAUACAUUGGUAAUCUCUUGGCUCAAUCUUCAUGGUCUUAUCUUUGGUUAAACGAGGGUAUUGCUACAUUUUUGGCAAUGAAAAUAGUUAAACAGCACGAACAUCCCCAAUUGAUGGAUUUAUUUGUUGUAAAAUUUCAACAUGAGUCUCUCCGUUUGAAUGAUUACUAUAAUAUGUCUCUCAUAGACGAAGUUGAUACAUCAUCUGACAUUGCUUCACUUUUUCCUUUAACUUAUUAUGUUAGAGCACCUAUUUUUAUACGCUCAUUGGAUAAAGCGCUACCUGAAGAAAUACUUGACAUAAGUAUCAACGAUUAUAUAUCAAAAUACAAAUUUAAAUCUGUCAAUACUUCGACUUCAACUCUCGAAUACUUUUUGAAUGUCAUACAAAAUAACAUAAUUACCGAAGUACCUGAAGAAUAUAAGGAAUAUACGAACAUAAUAGAGAUAUUCACUCAGUGGGCGAAACAAGAACGCUAUCCUGUGCUGCAGGUGUCGCAGCGAAUGUCUUCCCCAAACGAGGUUAAAGUAUAUAUAGCUGAACCAUACCCUAAAAAGUGGUCGAUAUAUGUAACUUAUAUUACACAAAAGAAUCCCAAUAUUGGCCAUAAAGUAUGGCUAAAAGAGCCACAUACAGAUUUAUAUUUGCCUGUUAACAAUAGCGACUGGAUCAUUAUCAAUGUAGAACAAGCUGGAUAUUAUCGUGUUAAUUACAACAACAAUAAUUGGGAAAAACUUGGAAACUAUCUAAAUUCACGGGAAUAUACUAAUAUACAUGUUCUCAAUCGUGCUCAAAUCAUAGAUGAUGCAUAUUAUUUUAUGUCAACAAAUAACAAACUCAAUUUCAAUAUCUUCAAAGCACUCACAUAUUAUUUAUCAAAAGAGACAAAUUAUAUAGCGUGGUAUCCUAUGUUCAAAAUUUUAGAACAGAUAUCGGGUUUUUUCCCAUUUCUACAAAGUUCCGAAGUUAAGGAACACUUCCGGAAAAUCUUAGAUAACGUUUUGGAAAAAAUUGGAUAUACAGACAUUAUGGAGGAGAAUAAUUUUACUAAGUGUUUAAGAUUAGAAGCCGCUAAAUGGGCAUGCACUCUAGGUUCUCAGAAAUGUACUACGACUGCCUCAUCUGAAUUAAUACAGCUUUAUAAAAAUAACAAACAUUCUAGAAUUUGGCCGGAAUGGAAGAAAUGGACAUAUUGUAAAGGAAUGAUGGUAGCGCACAAUAUUACUUGGAAGGAAAUGUUAACUGAAUAUACAUUAGAUUUUGACAAUAAACGCUUAGAAUAUCUAGCAUGCUCUGAAAAUAGUGAUAACAUCAUUUUUUAUAUCAAACAAUUAAAGUCGAUAUAUUUUACUAAAUUACAAUAUCCCAUUACAAUUUUUCAUUCUAUUAUUGCAAGACAUGCGAAGAAUAAUUUAAUACUCAAUUACAUAUUAGACAAUUUGACAAGCAUAAUACCCAGGUAA